AUGAGCACACAGGCAAAGGUAAACACCGGCAUGGCGCGGUCACCCCUAUCGCUCCCUCCUUCCUCUCGCCGAAGUGCCGCCAUGCGCUUGGUGGUGUUGACGCUGGUCUUGUGCUGUCCCUUGGGGUGGUCAUUCCAGAUUGGCUCGCCAGCCUUUACGCGGCGCGGUCGCUCUGUAACAAACCCCACCAGCAGUGGCAACACGAAGAACGUUUGUGAGGCUUUGCGAUCGACCUCUCCUUGGCCAAAUCGCACCAACACCCGCAUUAGCAGCCGCGGCCUUUGCGGCGCAGACGAGGUGGCCAGCGAGCCGUUGCUCGCGCUCAAGGAUGUACUUGCAGGUCUAGUCGCAGCGGCGUUUGUGCUUGCUGCCGAUCCUGGGACGGCGCUAGCGGAUACGGCGAUGCCGGCGGCAUCUGGUCUGCCUUCAGGCUCGGUCGUCGAAGCUACCGCUACCAGUACCACCUCUGCUGAGGUGCAAGAGGUGGUGCCAACGAUAAAGCUGGAGGGAGAGCUCGCCGCUCAGUUCAAGAAGGCGCAAGCGGCGGGUAGCGUCCAGCAGUUCGACAAGGCGAAGAAACUCUACAACCAGGUCGUCAAGUAUGCCCCUGGGUACGUGUACGGGUGGAGCAACCGAGCAAACGUGCUUAUCGCGGAGGGAGAUUUGAAAGCGGCCGUGUCGGACUACGACAGGGCUUUGCAACUGGCGGAGGGAAUCUAUAUGCCAGACAAGUGGAUAAUCUACCUCAACAGGGGGACUACGCUGAUGGCGUUGGGAGACGACGAUCGGGCGAUGUCGGACCUUAACCAGGCCGCCAAGCUCAACACCUCCAAGGAUCUUUACACCCUGGCGAACCGCGCGCAGGCUUUCGAGCGAAGGGGAGACUGGGCGAAAGCCCUGGCCGAUUACGAGGGGGCAAUUAACGUGCAGCCGGGGAACGUGCAGCCGUGGUGGAUAAGGUACUCGCUUGUGCUGUUCCAGGAGGGGAGGGACUUCGACAGCCUAGCCUUCCUCAAACGGGUUCAGGCCAAGUUCGAGGGAGUGGGCGAGGUUCAAGCGGCGAUGACAGCAAUCGAAUUUGGCCGAGGGGACAUGAAGGCGGCGGAGGGAGCUUGGAGAGGCAUCAACAUCGUGGAUCAGCAGAUGUAUCUCAAGGACUCAUAUCUCAAAGACCAGCUCAAGUGGCCUCCGAGGGUGGUGGAAAGCUUGAAGUCCUUCGAUAGAGAAAGAAAAGAAGCGGACACCCGACCUGCGGAGAAGACACUAGCGACAACAGCAGCAGCGGCAACAACAACAGCAACGACGGCAACAUCUUGAAGGAGCUCUAACCACAUCCUGGAGA